CUGUCAACAACGUGCUCCAAAGGUCACGCAAGGAGAUAUUUACUUGUAAAUGAAGAAGUUUUUUUAGUUUUCGGAGUAAAUCAAGAUGACACCCUCCGAAUCAAGUGGUUGUGGACAGUUGAGGGGCGAUGACACCUCCGGAGGUUCUGUCGCGACUGAGGAGAUGCUGGAGGUUGAGGGGAAAUAUCAACUUGAUAGGUGUGUGGAGUGGAUCACAGCACGUGCGGCUGACAAGGUUUGUCUGCAAUUUCCGGACUCCUGCCUCCAGGACUCUGCGAGGAUAGCGCUUCGUUUCGAAGAACUCCUGAACAAAAAAGUCUACAUCCUCGGGGACACAAGCUGCGGCAGUUGCUGCAUCGACGAAGUAGCUGCCAAUCACAUAAACGCCGAUGCAAUCGUGCACUUUGGUCACGCCUGCCUGAACCCAACGACACGACUCCCAGUCUUCCACAUUCUCCCCAAAAAGGACAUCAACAUUUCAGCUCUAAUUUCCCAGUUUGAGAAUUCCUUUCCAGACCCUGACGAGAAGAUCCUCCUCUUCUACGACGUCUCCCACUCCCACCAGGUCCAAGGGAUCUGGGAAUCACUGACAAAAAAAUACAAAAAACUCGUUCUAACGACUCUAAACUCCACCUCAAACAUCGAAUUCGUGGAUACGAAGACCUCCACAAGUCCAAUAAUAUCUGGUCGCUGUUGGAAUGUCGAGAAUGGCUACAAGACCGAAGAGUACACAGCUGUAUUCAUCGGUGAAAACAACAGGACCCUCGCCUCUCUAGCCAUGAGCAUCCCCACGAAGUUGUGGUACCACACAUCAGGCCCUGAAAUCACGAAAUUCGAUGCUGUCUCGAGCCCUUGGCUCAAACGCAGAAGGUACUUGGUAGAAAAGUUAAAAGACGCCAAGACUGUGGGGAUAGUUGUUGCAACUUUAGGAAUAAAAAAUUAUCUCGAGGCUCUUUCAUCGAUUAAACAAAUACUGAAGAGGAAGAAGAAGAAAUCUUACAUAUUCAGUAUUGGAAAGAUUAAUCCAGCAAAGUUGGCGAAUUUUCCAGAGGUGGAUGCCUUCGUCGUGAUAGCAUGUCCAGAAAGUGAUAUAUUCGAUUCAAAAGAUUAUUUCAAGCCCCUGCUAACACCUUUUGAAGUAGAACUGGCCUUCAACAGCUCCAGAGACUUCUCCACCCACUACUGCCUCGAUUUUCGACAGAUCCUCCCUGGAGGAUCGAAUUUCGUCGAGUUCGAGGCUUCAGAGGGCCCAGACCUGUCUCUAAUCUCCAAUGGAAUAAGAACAGACGAACCUGAGGUUUCUACUGAAACGAUGUCUGCGUUGGCUUGUAAAGACGAUGGAACAGUGGCUAUUGGCAAAGCUGGGGCUAAUUUUUUGGUGAACAGAUCCUGGCAGGGACUCGAGCAGAGAAUAGGGGAGGACGAUGUCAAAGUCGCUGAGAAGGGCCGAUGUGGACUGCCUGUUAAUUACGAGAACGAACCAAUUCACAAAACUUGAUCAAUUGGAGUUCAACUGAAUUAAUUGAUUAAUGUGAAUUGAAUUAAUUUAUUUGUACAAUUACAUGAUUUUAAUAAAACAUUUUUCUAUUUGUUAGAGACAUUUGAUUCGAGGUAUUCUUCAUGUGUACAACGAUCAGACAUUCAUUAAUUACAAAAUAUUCAGUUUAGUUUCUACAGAAAAAUGCACAAAUAUCGCAGUUCAUUGAAUCAGCACCAACUGAGGAAUGUAAAUUAAUAAAAAGGAAGGAUAUGGUAACAUGGACAGUUAAUUUUUAAUCUAAGGCCCGGGUGGAUUACCUUGCGAACGUGUUCUUGGUUGUUUUUUUUAU